AUGACUGCGAAAAAAUCCAAGUCCGGUAGAAUGACCACUGCCUUGGACUUGACCACCUGUGAGAAACUCGAACACUUGCAACCCAUUCCUAAAUCCAGAUCUUCUUCGAUUACCUCAAUUGAGUCGGAAGAUGGCAUGAUGUCGACGGUUUUGAAGCCUCCACCAAGAAGAGACUUUGACGACUUGAUGGCGUUUGAAGGUUUCAUUAGGGAUGAGACCUGGGACAAUGACUUUGAUUAUUGUCAUGCUCACUUGACAUAUUAUCCACCUUUUAUCAUGAAAGAGGUGCACAACAAUUUAGACAAAAUUAAACCCACCAUGAACAAAAACUCGAGAAAAUUCAAGAGAAAUCUUCAACAUCACAUUAAAAAACACUUGAUGCACGACAUGGAGACGUGCUCAGGAUUCAAGAUGGACUUUAACAAGGUUGGAAUGGUGGAAACACCAACUAAAGUCAAAUGGAGAUUUGAGGAUAUGGGCGACCAUGGCUUCUCCAAAGAGGAGGAAGACAUGUAUGGAAGACACUGGAAACUUGAGCUUGAGGUUACCUGCAACAACGAAAAUCCCUUGGUUGAGGUUGACUAUAAGGCCACCCCAAUUAUGUGA